CACCACAGUUAUAGUUGCAACUUGACAAUCCACAGUCACGAAUUAUCCUCUACUGUGCAUAAUAUAGCCAUACAAGAAUGGAAGCAAUCAAGAAGAAGUUGAGAACUCUCAAAGAGGAGAAAGAAAAUGUUGUUGAUGAGCUUGAGGAUAAGAAGAAGGAAAUAAAAGACGCUGAAAAUAAAUAUGAAGCUCUUGAAACAGAGAAACUGAACGCAGAGAGGAAGGUACAGAUGCUAGAAGAUGAUCUGGAGAAGGCUGAGGAUCAACUUGCAACUGUAAAAGCAGAUAAAGCCGAGCUAGAGACAAGAGUUGAUGAUCUUGAAAGAGAAAACAAGUCUCUCCAAUCUACACAGGUUACCGACUUUGACACGAAAGAUCAACUUGAGAUUAUAAAGAAGGAGUUGAACGAGAAAAUUUCCAACCUGGAAAACGAGAAUGCUGACCUUAAAAGAAAAAUUGAAAUCUUAGAUUUUGACCUGUCACAGUCUGAAGAUAAAAAUGACAGCAACAAAAUAAAAAUCGAUGAACUUGAAAAGGAGUUGUCUGAGAAGCAUUCACUGGUCCAGAAUAAGGAGAGGAGUGAUGAACAAUAUGCACAAACGGAGGAGGAUCUUCGUGAACAAGUUAGCGAUCUGAAAUCACAGCUACGGAAAGAGGACGAACGUGCCGACGAAGCAGAGAGAGCAUUGAAGAAGAUGGAGCAUGACAGAGAUAUGCUAGAAGAGGAUCUUGAAAAAGCUGAGAAAAAAUAUGACGACUUGAAAUCAGAAUAUGAUCGUGAUAUGCAAGAUCUCACCGAUUUGUAGGGCAAACCUCCAUAGAAAAACAUUCAGCCUCAUCAAUGAAUAUAAUAGCUACUAGGUCGUUUUUAGUUUUAUACAUUUUUUUGUGUAUUCAUAUUUUAUUCAUUACACCAUUGCUGUAAGUGUUAUUGCUACUUAUCAGUUUAUGGGCCACAGACCAUGAAUGUCCUUAUUUUAGAACGUA